UGAGGCCUCGAGGCCGUUGACCACGUACAGGACGUACUGCGCUUGCAGCGGGUCUGUUUCCUCCUCUUAUUAUGCGCGGUGAAAUCUGUGUCGGCUUCGCUUCCGUUCUAUCGCUGGCUUCCAUGAUAUUACUGAUAUUCGCACAUGUUGGUCAAAUAAACACUUCCAAAGUUCCUCAUGCAAUUUUUAUGGCUAGAGUCAAUGUUUCUGGUUACGGAGCAGCCCUGACUACCGCUUUUCUUAAUGAAAUCGUGGGCCUGUACACUUCAAAUGCAACAGCACCUCUGGGUGCCCGAGCUGGCCUUCGGCAAUUUUAUCAGUUUGGCCUAUAUUCACACUGCGCCUUUGUCAACGAAACGGCUGGAUUGUGUUCGAAUACCACAGUUGCUCACCGAUUUCGGCCAUACGACUACAUUACAGAAGACAUGGCCAGUAACUAUUCCACUUCUACGGAUGCUAUCAUAGUCGGAACUGCCUUUCGCGACUCCGAUUCCCUGGACCAGUCGAGCAAAGCGGCAUACUACUUGAUUUUGCUCGGAACGAUUGCAGUUGCUCUGGCGUUUUUCUCCGGAUUGGCGAAGCACAACUUCACUUUUUUGCUUUCUGCCCUAUUCGCGGGAAUCGGUAGCCUUUUUACCCUUGUAGGCGCUAUACUUUGGACCAUUAUCAUCAAGAAAUCGGCUUCUAUCAACAGCUUUGUGAUUGGAACAGACGCCAAUCUUAGUCCUUUGGGCAUAACAGUAUCUAUUGGAAUAGGACUCUACCUCGUGUGGGCCUCAUUUGCCUGCAUCUUUGCGUCGAUGGUUCCUUAUGUGGUGUCAUGCUGCACCUACCGAGGUUGACUGCACAACACGAGGAAGGGUGGAUGCUGGCUAUCCAUCGAGUUUCCUUAUCCAUCUUUAUCGACUUAUGUAUUAAUUCUUAUUGACGUGAUUUACGAUCCAAAUCCUGGCUCCCAGGUCCCCUGCUUGUUUCAUGAGACCCAGACUUGGGAUGCUGUGAGUUCAGAGACUAGCUAAGUUGAGGCUCGCGGGGUCUGUUGCUCAGUACUACUAAUAGGUAAAAGUUAUUUGUCGCUAUGUAACGGUAGAUGAAAGUAUUUUACGAUUCAUCUGCAUAAAAAGCC